CCUGUGAAUGAGAUAGCCACAAUCAAACACUCACAAAAAAAAUAACUAACGCUUCCUGCUACCUCUUCUUCAAAUCCACGUCGACAUUCCGGCAAUCUUCUCCGAUCAAUCUCCGUUUCCGGCCAUCACCUUCUCCAAUAAAAAAAUGAUUAAAAUAGAAUGAGGAUUUCCAUCGGUGACCUAUCAUGUCAGUCUCUUACUCCGACUGCUUCUCCGACCUACUCUGCGGCGAAGACUCCGAUACCGUUUUCUCAAACGGAGGAGGAGAGGAUUUGCCGGAAUGUUCCUCGUCGGAUAUCGAAUCUCAGUUCGCCGAUAUAGAUGAAUCAAUCGCCGGUCUUAUCGAAGAUGAACGAAAUUUCGUACCGGGAUAUGACUAUAUCGAGAAAUUCCAAUCUCAAUCUCUAAGCGCCGCCGCUAGAGAUGAAUCUGUUGCAUGGAUUCUCAAGGUACAACGCCACUAUGGUUUCCAGCCAUUAACGGCGUAUCUCGCCGUUAACUAUUUCGAUCGUUUUCUCUACUCGAGAAGCUUGCCGCAAACAAAUGGCUGGCCACUUCAACUAUUGUCGGUUGCUUGCUUAUCUUUAGCAGCAAAAAUGGAGGAACCUCUUGUUCCUUCUCUUUUGGAUCUUCAGGUUGAAGGCGCGAAGUAUAUAUUUGAACCAAAAACUAUCCAAAGAAUGGAGUUUCUUGUGCUGAGGAUAUUAGAUUGGAGGCUCCGAUCCAUAACUCCAUUUAACUUCCUCAGUUUCUUUGCGGCUAAACUUGAUUCACUAGGAACUUUCACUGCGGUCCUUAUAUCAAGGGCUUCUCAGAUUAUCCUCUCUAAUAUUCAAGAAGCUAGCUUUCAUGAGUAUUGGCCAUCAUGCAUAGCUGCAGCUACAAUACUAUGUGCAGCUAAGGACCUUCCAAAUUUCUCUCUUGUGAAUGCUGAACAUGCUGAAUCCUGGUGUCAUGGACUCCGCAAAGAUAAAAUCGUGGGCUGCUAUGAAUUAGUGCAAAAGUACGCAAUUGCAUUAAGGCCCCGGAGAUUUCCAAGAGUAUACCCACAGGUACGAGUCAUGACUCGGACUAGUACUACUACUACUGUAGCAUCUAGUGACUCGUCGUCCUCAUCAUCAUCAUCUUCUUCCACAUCUUAUAAAAGAAGAAAAUUAAAUAACAGCUGGUGGAGUGUCACAGAUGACGAUAGUUAAUCCGUGGGAAUGAACGAACAUUAAGAAUAAGGAUCCUCAGUAAAUUUUCAUCUUUGAGGGUGUUUUGAGUUUUAAUUUGACAGAUGAGUGUUGUAGAUUAUAUAUAUAUCUAAUAGAGAAGAAGAAGAAGAAAUGCCAUUGAAUAAAUGGCUUUUGCAGAUUCCCAAGGGAAAGGGGAUUUGGUACAUAUUAUUUUGGAGAUUGUUUAAUUAUAGGUAGCAAAGUAAGUGGAGUGAUAUGGAGAAGUGUGAAUCAAGUGGGGUUUGUGAUUGAAGUUCAAAGAGAGGAUUGAUUAUUGAACGGAAAAAAGGUAUUGUGGAGCCCAUUGCAAAGAAUUUGAAUUAAAAUAAAAAAUUUGAGCAAGAUGAAUAAGUCAAGAAGGCUCUUGAUUUAUAAAACUAUAAUAUAGGGCCACCAUUAUUGCUUCCAACUUCAACACUAGCUCCAAGAAAAUGAAUGAAUCCACUCAAGGAGAAAGCAAAAAAAAAAACAAGGGAUUAUUGAACUACAAGAAUAACAGUUGGCUCUGUAUAUUCAGACUUUUGGUUUGAGGUGUGUUCUCUACACAAGUGUGUAUGUGUGUUUUUUUGGCGGGAAAAUUUGCCUUUUUUUUUUUUUGUCCUAACAAUAUACUGGACUUUUUUUUUUUUUUCUUUCAAACGUGUAAUGGAUACACGUUUUUAUUCUUUUAAUUUAUUUUUUUCUUAAUCAAAAGAGGAGGUAAAUAUGUAAAAAUACCACCUCUGAUCUUUCUGGCUAAAAUUUAGCCUAACCAUACAAAGGGUCUUUGGGGCCUUUUUAGAUUUCCUACUCAAAAGUGUGUUGUAUUAUGGACUCAUGUAUCAAACAUGAUGUUACAUAUAUGAAAUAAAAUAAUAAUAAAAUGUUUCAUUUGGGAUG